AUGGACGCCAGGACACGAGGAGUUGGGAGGUUCCUGGGACUUUUAGGGUUUUUAAGUUUGUGGUUAGCAGCUCAAGCUCAGAUGAAGAUACCACCAGAGACGGUGCAGCAGUGGGCAAAUGUAUUCUCGGUUCAGAUUCGAGAGAUCACUGUCAAAUACUCCGGCUCAAUGCUACUGCAAAAGAAACUGAAAGAUGUGGAGUCAAUUGUAAAGAUUAAGGAGAUCGAGGGCAGAGACCUGGUGAAGGAUUACUCCGAUGAAAUCGAGCGCAUGUUGGGAAGCAAGAUGAAGUCUGUGAAGCGAUUAGCAGAAUCUGCUGAGGAUGCUGAUCUUUACCAUGAAUUCAAUGCAACUUUAGAGUUUGACUAUUACAACUCCAUGUUGAUAAAUUCACCGGAUGAGGAUGGGAACUUUGGAGAUCUUGGAGGAGAGUUUCCUCUGGAGGAGAAUGAGCACUUUAACAAUUUGCCAGUGAACACCCAGCAGAGUGACAUCCAGGUGCCAACCAAUGUCUACAACAGAGACCCUGUGAUCCUGAAUGCCAUCUAUAACUCAGAGGCUCUAAAUGACGUCUUCAUCGGUAACUUCCAGAAAGACCCCACUCUGACAUGGCAGUACUUUGGCAGCUCCUCAGGCUUCUUCAGGAUAUACCCAGGUAUUAAAUGGACUCCAGAUGCCAAUGGAGUGGCUGCCUUUGACUGCAGAAACAGAAACUGGUACAUCCAGGCUGCCACUUCUCCCAAGGACAUCAUUAUAAUGGUGGACAUGAGUGGCAGCAUGAAGGGCCUGAAGAUGACCAUUGAACACACCAUCAACACCAUCCUGGACACGCUCGGGGAGAACGACUUUGUCAACGUCAUCGCUUACACAGACUACGUCCGCUACAUUGAGCCUUGUUUUAAAGGGACCCUGGUCCAGGCCGACUUGGACAACCGAGAGCAUUUUAAACUUCUGGUGGAGGAGAUACAUGUCAAGGGAGAAGCAAAGAUCAACAAAGCCAUGAAGGAAGCUUUCAAAAUCCUCAAUGAUGCCAGAGUGAAUGGACAGGGCAGCAUGUGUAACCAGGCCAUAAUGCUGAUCACAGAUGGAGCCAUGGAAGACUUCGAGGCAGUUUUUGAGGAGUACAACUGGCCAGAGCGCAGGGUGCGAGUGUUCACUUACCUGAUCGGGAGGGAGAUGACUUUUGCACAGAACACAAAAUGGAUCGCCUGCAACAACAAAGGUUAUUACACCCACAUCUCCACACUGGCCGAUGUACAGGAGAACGUCAUGGAAUAUCUGCACGUGCUCAGUAGACCCAUGGUCAUCAACCACGACCACGACAUCAUCUGGACCGAGGCCUACAUGGACACUGUGCUUCCCAACACUAAGGAGCUCUUCGCAACAAAGGCUCAGAGUUUGCUGUUGAUGACUUCAGUGGCCAUGCCGGUUUUCAGUAAGAAGAAGGAAACGCUGUCCCAUGGGAUUCUGCUGGGGGUAGUAGGCACUGAUGUCCCACUGCAGGAGGUGAUGAAACUGGCACCAAGAUACAUGCUCGGACCUCAUGGAUACGCCUUCCUCAUCACCAACAAUGGCUACAUCCUGGCUCACCCUGACCUUCGACCUUUGUACAAAGACGGCAAGAAACUAAAGCCCAAGCCUAACUACAACAGUGUGGACUUGUCUGAGGUGGAGUGGGAGGACACUGAUGAGCAGCUGCGGACAGCAAUGGUGAGAGGAGAAACCGGCAGCCUCACUCUGAAUAUCAGAUCUUCAGUUGAUAAAGGGAAAAGGCCAUUGUACUUGGUCAAUGACUACUUCUACACAAAUAUUGAUGAGACACCAUUCAGUUUUGGCAUGGCACUGACUCAAGGCCAUGGCAGUCUCAUGUUUAUGGGAAAUGUUUCUGUGGAAGAAGGUUUGCAUGAUCUUACCUCUCCAGACCUGAUUAUUGCCACUGAAUGGACCUACUGUGAAACUGACAUUGACCCCGAUCACAGAAAAUACUCCCAGCUUCAAGCAGCCAUUCGUUACUUGCUGGGCAAAGAACCAGACCUGGAGUGUGAUGAGGUACUGUUGUCCCAGCUCUUGUUCGAUGCAGUGGUCACAGCUCCUCUUGAGGCCUAUUGGAAUGCACUCAUGCUCAACGACAGGGUGGAGCCAGGGAUCGAGACUGCCUUCUUAGGAACACGUUCAGGACUACUGAGACUGGCGCGAUACACAGGCAUCGAGAACAGAGUGGCCAAGAGGUUCCUGACCACGGGUGAUAAGGACAACCUGUUCACUGUAGAUCACUUUCCUCUCUGGUACCGUCUGGCCGUGGAAAACACUCCAGGAAGCUUCUUCUAUUAUCCCGUCAAUGACAAAGGAGUAAAGUACGUCAUUGCAACAACAUCAGUGACAGUGUCUUCUGAAGGAAAGACUGCCAUGGCUGGAGCCAUCGGGGUGCAGAUGACCUUGGAUUUGCUGGAAAAGAGGUUCUGGGCCAUUGCCAAGCAGCCCCCUGAUACAGAUUGUUCAAACAUUGAGGGUGUGUGUCCCCUCAGCUGUGAGAGUGCUGAUCUCAACUGUUUCUUGGUUGACAAUAAUGGCUUCAUCGUGCUUUCCAAAGAGAGAGACGAGAUUGGCCGUUUCUUUGGUGAAGUGGACGGCUCUGUCAUGGCUUCCCUGCUCAAGAUGGGCAUGUAUAAGAAGAUUUCCUUGUUUGACUACCAGGCCAUGUGUAAAAACAGCCACCACUCUCACAGCAGCGCUCGGCCUCUUCUGAGUCCUUUUUAUGGAAUCGUUGCAUUGAUCAGAUGGUUCUUCUCCCAUGCACUGAUGUUUCUUCUGGACUUUAACUUCUGUGGGCUUUGGCACUCUGAUUAUUUUGUGGAAGCCAAGGCGGGAUAUCAUACCAGUCAUAAACAGAAGAAGGUGGAGGCGUACAUUCCCUGUGAGACUGGGUAUCCUGGGUUCAUGUACGAUCCCAGUGUGAAGGAAGCCAACAGUCUUAUCAAGUGUGGACGCUGCCAGAAGAUGUUCGUGGUGCAGCAGAUCCCAGACAGUAACCUGGUGCUGGUGGUGACUCAGGCUGACUGUGACUGCUCUCGUCAGUAUGGUGCGAUCCUGCUGCAGCCCAAAGACAUCAAAUAUAAUGCCACACUCAAAUGUAACAGGAUGAAGUCACAGAAAGUACGACGUAGACCAGAGUCCUGCCACGCCUAUCACCCAAAGGAGAAUGCUAAAGACUGUGGAGGUGCAAAUGCCAUUUCUCUGUCUCUGUCCCUCUUCUCUGCAUCUCUGCUCAUUUCACUACUCCGACAUCACUGGACUUAA